CGCUCGUCAACUGAGCCACGCAUAGCUUGAACACUUUACUACUUCCUGUACCAGUACCUUCUCUCUUUUCCAGGCUUUCUCUCUUCGUCGAAUUCACAUAAAGUUACAAAAAAUAAUGGCUGCUCGUCUCAACCAGGUUUCCUCGCACCUCGCCGGCACCAAGGCCCCGGCGACCCAGAUUGGCGUCAAGAGCCAGGACGACAUUGUCAUCGUGCAGGCUCUGCGUACCCCGAUUACCCGCGCGCGCAAGGGCGGCUUCAAGGACACCACCUCGGAGUACCUGCUGGGCAACAUCCUGAAGGGCGUCGUUGAGCGUGCCAAGAUCGACCCGGCUCUGGUUGAGGACAUCUGCGUCGGCAACGUGUGCCCGCCGGGUGGCGGUGCUACCAUUGCGCGUAUGGCCUCUCUGUACGCCGGCUUCCCGAACACGACCUCGGUGCAGACCGUCAACCGGCAGUGCUCGUCGGGCCUGCAGGCCGUGGUUCACAUUGCCAACCAGAUCUCGACCGGCAUGAUCGAGAUUGGCAUUGGCGCUGGUGUCGAGAGCAUGACGCAGUUCUAUGGCCCCAAGCACAAGAUGAUCCCGGAUACCAUCAGCGAGGAGGUCAUGGCGGCGCCCGAGGUGCCCGACUGCCUGAUCCCCAUGGGAUUCACGUCGGAGAACGUCGCCAAGGAGUUCGGCGUUGACCGCAAGAAGCAGGAUGCGUUCGCUGCCCUGUCGCACCAGAAGGCGGCCAAGGCGCAGAAGGAGGGUCUGUUCGAUGCCGAGAUCUACCCGAUCAAGACCACCAUCCUCGACAAGGACGGCAAUGCCAAGGAGAUCGUUGUCUCGCGCGACGAUGGUGUCCGCCCGGAGGCUACUGCCGAGUCCCUGGGCAAGCUGCGCCCUGCCUUCUCGGCCGACGGCUUCACCACCGCCGGCAACGCCUCGCAGGUGUCGGACGGUGCUGCCGCCGUGCUCCUGAUGAAGCGUAGCAAGGCUGUUGAGCUUGGUCUGUCUAUCCAGGGCAAGUUCAUUGCUGCUGCUGUCGCCGGUGUUCCUCCCCGCAUCAUGGGUGUUGGUCCUGCCUACGCUGUCCCGGCUGUCCUCAAGAAGACCGGUCUCAAGGUCGACGAUCUGGAUAUUGUCGAGCUCAACGAGGCUUUCGCGUCGCAGGCUGUGUACUCGAUGGAGAAGCUUGGUCUUGACGUCAACAAGGUCAACCCCAAGGGCGGUGCCAUCGCCUUCGGUCACCCUCUGGGCUGUACCGGUGCGCGCCAGAUCUCGACCCUGCUCACUGAGCUCAAGCGCCAGGACAAGCGGGUCGGCUGCACUACCAUGUGCAUUGGCGGUGGUUUUGGCAUGGCUGCCAUCUUCGAGUCGGAGCACUAAGCUUCUAGCUGUUAGCAGAUAAUACAAUUUUUUUUCCAGAAACU